GAUAGGUAAACAAUAAGUCUUACUGAGCGCGAUUUAUGUUGGAAUAUUUUCUUCUGUGACUCCGGAUUAAGUUUUAUCUGUUGCAUCAAUUUUAUCUCGAUGCUCGAGAGAUCUUGUAUAUAAAAGUGUAUUCGGGUGGGCCCCCAUCGAGUGAACACGAUAAGCUGUAAGAAUGCGGGUGCUAUGGUUCUUCUCGCUGGCGGCGCUGGUGUGUGCCCAUCAAGAGCCGGAGCUUGACUGGUGGGAGACCACCGUGUUCUACCAGAUCUACCCGAGGUCGUUCAAGGACAGCGACGGGGAUGGCAUUGGCGAUCUUAAUGGAAUAACAUCCAAACUAUCGCACCUUAAGGAACUAGGGAUUGGUGCCACAUGGCUGUCACCCAUAUUCAAGUCCCCAAUGUACGACUUUGGAUAUGACAUUGCCGAUUUCUACGCUAUCCAAGAAGAAUACGGAACUAUGGAAGAUUUUGAGAAUCUCAUCAAAGCUGCUAAUGAACUUGACAUUAAGAUUGUGUUGGACUUCGUGCCCAACCAUUCCAGCAACGAGAGCGUUUGGUUCGAGAAAGCUCUUCAAGGCGAUGAGAAAUAUUUUGACUACUUUGUGUGGGAAGACCCUGUCAUAGGAGAAGAUGGUUCUCGUCAGCCUCCGAACAACUGGGUUAGCGUAUUCCGUAAAAGUGCGUGGGAAUACAGAGAGGAGGUCGGCAAAUACUAUCUUCACCAGUUCGUGAUUGGCCAGCCUGACCUGAACUACAACAACCCUGAUGUCGUCGAAGAAAUGAAGAAUGUCAUCCGAUUCUGGCUAAACAAAGGAGUCGCCGGUUUCAGGGUUGACGCUAUCAACCAUCUGUUUGAGGUAGACAAGGAAAAGUUCGGCGGAAAAUACCCUGACGAACCCAGGUCUGGAAACCUGAACGAUGGCCCUGACGACUACGGCUACCUCGACCACAUUUACACCAAAGACCAAGACAAGACCUACGACAUGGUGUUCCAAUGGAGAGAAGUUUUUGAUGAGAUUAAAGCAAAAGAUGGUUUGACAAGAGUCAUGAUGACGGAGGCAUACACCGACGCUACUAAAACGGCAAGAUUUUAUGGAGAAGGCGAUCGUUUGGGAUCACACAUGCCUUUUAACUUUGCACUUAUCAGUAAUGUUGACGGUUCUUCUACUGCUCCGGAAAUCAAAUAUGCCGUGGAUCAGUUCCUUACAUUCAAACCUGUAGACAAAUCUGGAAACUGGGUGAUUGGAAACCACGACAACAGUAGGGUUGCCUCAAGGUACAGUCCUGAGCUGGUCGAUGGACUCAACAUGAUGGUUCUUUUGCUGCCCGGUGUUGCAGUCACUUAUAUGGGUGAAGAAAUAGGAAUGGUGGACGGGUACGUGAGCUGGGAGGACACCGUGGACCCGAGCGGCUGCAACACUGACGACCCGAUCAACUAUGUGAGCUCGUCCAGAGACCCGGAGAGAACACCCUUCCAGUGGAGCGCGGAGAAAAAUGCUGGAUUCUCCACGGCCCCCAAGACCUGGCUACCCGUGGCUGCGGGCUACGAGACCCUCAACGUGGAGGUGCAGAGAGCCGCCGCCAGGUCGCACCUCAACGUCUACAAGGCUCUGGUCGCCAUGCGAGCCCUGCCCAGCUUCCAGACCGGGAGAUACGAAUCUCUAGCGCUGAACCAUGAUGUCUUCGCUUUUAGAAGGUGGAGCAAGGAUGAAAUAUACGUCGUUUUGGUCAACUUCAGGAAUGUGCCAUACACCUUGGACCUGACUUACUUUGAGAACGUGACAGGCAAAGUGAAAGUGGAGCUCACCAGUAUACAGUCUCAAAAAUCUGUAGGGGACGUGCUUUCAGCUGAAAACGUGUCUUUGAUGGGACUUGAAGCUGUGGUACUAAAGGUUAUCGCUUAAAUGUAAUUGACCAUUAAAAUUAUUCUCAUUUUUGCAACAAAUGACUAAGUAAACACUGAUUGCAAAAAAUAGUCUAAUUUAUUAUGAAACUCGAAUAAAGCAGAACAAGAUUUAAUUCGUG